CUAGAAGCUACAACGCCGGAACCAACUACUCCAGAACCAACCACCCCGGAACCAACUACUCCAGAACCAACCACCCCGGAACCAACUACUCCAGAACCAACCACCCCGGAACCAACUACUCCAGAACCAACCACCCCGGAACCAACUACUCCAGAACCAACCACCCCGGAACCAACAACACUAGAAGCUACAACGCCGGAACCAACUACCCCAGAGCCAACUACAUCAGAACCAACCACGCCGGAACCAACAACACUAGAAGCUACAACGCCGGAACCAACCACGCAGGAACCAACUACUUCGGAGCCAACCACACCGGAACCAACUACUCCAGAACCAACCACACCGGAACCAACUACUCCAGAACCAACCACACCGGAACCAACUACUCCGGAGCCAACAACACCGGAACCAACAACACUAGAAGCUACAACGCCGGAACCAACUACUCCAGAACCAACCACCCCGGAACCAACUACUCCAGAACCAACCACCCCGGAACCAACAACACUAGAAGCUACAACGCCGGAACUAACUACCCCAGAGCCAACUACAUCAGAACCAACCACGCCGGAACCAACAACACUAGAAGCUACAACGCCGGAACCAACCACGCCGGAACCAACUACUUGGGAGCCAACCACACCAGAACCAACCACUCCAGAGCCAACUACGCCAGAACCUACCACGCCGGAACCAACCACACCGGAGCCAACCACACCGGAACCAACUACUCCAGAGCCAACUACCCAAGCAAUUGAGCAGUUUGAUGAUCCAGAACAACAGCGGUGCGCGGUCUUGGCUUCCGUUCCGGAUAUGUGUAUGAUUCCAUCAGUAAUGGAUGGGUGUUGUGCGUGUCCAGAUCUUUAUCCAACUUUACCUAACUGCCCAACAACAACACCGCCGCCCACUACAACACCCAUGCCUACUACAACUACAGCGCCGCCUACCACAACACCAUCGUUUUGUCCUGUUUUUGAGCAAUACAAGGAUGCGAUGUGCGUUGGUACACUACUUGAUGCUUGUUGUGAAUGUCCGAAUCUGGUUGAUGGCUUAAACUGUCAACCUGAAACAACAGCAUCUGCGACUACUCCACUAGCAACAACAGCAGCAGCUACAACUCUAGCAGAAACUACUUCAGAAGCUACAACACUGGCAGCAACAACUGUAGCUGAUACAACACCCGCUGACACAACACCAGCAGCAACAACAGCAGCCACAACUACUCCAGCAGCAACAACGCCAGUCGCAACUACUCUACCAGCUACUUCUCCUGCAGCUACAACGCCAGCAGAAGCAGAACCACCAACUACUGUAGUAACUACAGUACCCACAGUUCCAACUACUCCAGCUGCAUCAACACCGGCAGAAACUACUCCAGCAGCUACACCCGAUGCUAUAACACCAGCAACAACAACGCCAGCAGAAACCACUGCAGGUGAUACAACACCCGAUGCUACAACACCAGUAACAACAACACCAGCAGAAACUACCCCAUCAGCCACAACUUUAGCAGAAACUACUCCAGCAGCUACAACUGUAGCUGAUACAACACCCGCUGACACAACACCAGCAGCAACAACAGCAGCCACAACUACUCCAGCAGCAACAACGCCAGUCGCAACUACUCUACCAGCUACUUCUCCUGCAGCUACAACGCCAGCAGAAGCAGAACCACCGACUACUGUAGUAACUACAGUACCCACAGUUCCAACUACUCCAGCUGCAUCAACACCGGCAGAAACUACUCCAGCAGCUACAACACUAGCAGCAACAACUGCAGCUGAUACAACACCCGCUGCUACAACUUCAGCAGCAACAACGCCAGCUGAAACCACUGCAGCUGAUACAACACCAGCUGAAACCACUGCAGCUGAUACAACACCAGCGGAAACCACUGCAGCUGAUACAACACUAGCAGCAACAACUGCAGCUGAAACAACACCCGCUGCUACAACACCAGCAGCAACAACGCCAACAGAAACAACGCCAGCAGAAACAACUCUAACUGAUACAACACUAGCAGCGACAACUGCAGCUGAUACAACAUCCGCUGCUACAACACCGGUAGGAACAACGCAAGCAGCAACCACCCCCGCAGCUACAACACUAGCAGAAACUACUCCAGCAGCCACAACACUGGUACCAACGACACCAGCCGCAACUACUCCAGUAGCAACAACGACAGUUGCGACUACUCUACCAGCUACUUCUCCUGCAGCUACAACACCAGCAGAAGCAGAACCACCGACUACUGUAGUAACUACGGUACCCACAGUUCCAACUACUCCAGCUGAUACAACACCGACAGAAACUACUCCAGCAGCUACAACACUAGCAGCAACAACUGCAGCUGAUACAACACCCGCUGCUACAACGCCAGCAGCAACAACGCCAGCAGAAACCACUGUAGCUGAUACAACACCGGCAGAAACUACCCCAGCAGCUACAACACUAGCAGCAACAACUGCAGCUGAUACAACACCCGCUGCUACAACGCCAGCAGAAACAACUGUAGCUGAUACAACACUAGCACCGACAACUGCAGCUGAUACAACAUCCGCUGCUACAACACCGGUAGGAAUAACGCCAGCAGCAACCACCCCCGCAGCUACAACACUAGCAGAAACUACUCCAGCAGGCACAACACUGGUACCAACAACACCAGCCGCAACUACUCUACCAGCUACUUCUCCUGCAGCUACAACGCCAGCAGAAGCAGAACCACCGACUACUGUAGUAACUACGGUACCAACAGUUCCAACUACUCCAGCUGCAUCAACACCGGCAGAAACUACUCCAGUAGCUACACCCGAUGCUAUAACACCAGCAACAACAACGCCAGCAGAAACCACUGCAGGUGAUACAACACCCGAUGCUACAACACCAGCAACAACAACACCAGCAGAAACUACCCCAUCAGCCACAACUUUAGCAGAAACUACUCCAGCAGCUACAACAUUAGCAGAAACAACACCAGCAGAAACCACUGCAGCUGAUACAACACCUGCAGCAACAACUACUCCAGCAGCUACGACACCCGCCGCAACUACUACAGCAGCUACAAUACCACCAACUCUCCCUGUAGUAAAUACUUUAUGCGAAGGACUGGCUGUAUACCCAGAAGUUUUAUGUGCUAAUGAAGACAUUAAAGUGGAAUGCUGUAAAUGUCCUGAUCUGAUGGACUUGCCCGAAGUCGGCUGUACAGCCACAACACCCACAGGGACAGCAACAACGCCAGCUGCGGCUACAACAGAAUUAGAAACAACACCGGCAGAAACUACUCCAGCUGAUACAACACCAGCAGCAACAACACCAGCAGAAACUACUCCAUCAGCCACAACUCUAGCAGAAACUACUGCAGCAGCUACAACACCAGCAGCAACAACACCAGCAGAAACCUCUGCAGCUGAUACAACACCUGCAUCUGAUACAACACCUGCAGAAACUACUCCAGCAGCUACAACACUAGCAGCAACAACUGCAGCUGAAACAACACCCGCUGCUACAACACCAGCAGCAACAACGCCAGCAGAAACCACUGUAGCUGAUACAACACCAGCAGAAACUACUCCGGCAGCUACAACACUAGCAGCAACAACAGCAGCUGAAACAACACCCGCUGCUACAACACCAGCAGCAACAACGCCAGCUGAAACCACUGCAGCUGAUACAACACCAGCUGAAACCACUGCAGCUGAUACAACACCAGCGGAAACCACCGCAGCUGAUACAACACUAGCAGCAACAACUGCAGCUGAAACCACUGCAGCUGAUACAACACCAGCGGAAACCACUGCAGCUGAUACAACACCAGCGGAAACCACUGCAGCUGAUACAACACUAGCAGCAACAACUGCAGCUGAAACAACACCCGCUGCUACAACACCAGCAGCAACAACUCCAGCUGAAACCACCGCAGCUGAUACAACACCAGCGGAAACUACUCUAGCAGAAACUACUCCAGCAGCCACAACUCUAGCAGCAACAACAGCAGCUGAUACAACACCAGCAGCAACAACGCCAGCAGAAACAACUGCAGCUGAAACAACACCCGCUGCUACAACAGCAGCAGCAACAACGUCAGCUGAAACCACUGCAGCUGAUACAACACCAGCGGAAACCACUGCAGCUGAUACAACACUAGCAGCAACAACUGCAGCUGAAACAACACCCGCUGCUACAACACCAGCAGCAACAACUCCAGCUGAAACCACCGCAGCUGAUACAACACCAGCGGAAACUACUCUAGCAGAAACUACUCCAGCAGCCACAACUCUAGCAGCAACAACAGCAGCUGAUACAACACCAGCAGCAACAACGCCAGCAGAAACAACUGCAGCUGAAACAACACCCGCUGCUACAACAGCAGCAGCAACAACGUCAGCUGAAACCACUGCAGCUGAUACAACACCAGCGGAAACCACUGCAGCUGAUACAACACUAGCAGCAACAACUGCAGCUGAAACAACACCUGCUGCUACAACACCAGCAGCAACAACUCCAGCCGAAACCACCGCAGCUGAUACAACACCAGCGGAAACUACUCCAGCAGAAACUACUCCAGCAGCCACAACUCUAGCAGCAACAACAGCAGCUGAUACAACACCAGCAGCAACAACGCCAGCAGAAACCACUGCAGCUGAUACAACACCAGCAGCAACAACCCCAGCAGAAACCACUGCAGCUGAUACAACACCAGCAGAAACUACCCCAUCAGCCACAACUUUAGCAGAAACUACUCCUGCCGCUACAACACCAGCAGAAACUACUCCGGCCGCCACAACUGCAGCCGAUACAACACCAGCUGCUACAACGCCUGUUCCUAAUAAAUGUAAAUACUCCGAAUACGUAACUACCAUUACCAAGAGAAUAAUUUCUGGUCAAUCAACAUUUCAUAAUACAUAUCCUGGUAUCGUUAGCUUUCAAUCGGAUGUAUACACGGCAUCUUUUGCUCCUAUCAAAAGAACCAUGUGCUCUGGAAUCAUUCUUGAUGAAACGCACAUUUUAACCACCAAAUUUUGUUACGAGUUCGUAGAUGCGAUGGCCGGUUUUUACCCUACAGAAGCAGUAAUAUCAGAAACUGAUACUAGCAGUACAAGUGGAGAUGAACAGAAGAUUCUAUUAACUUCCCCAAUUCCAAACGACACCACUGGGGAUUUGGUGGUCAUGACGCUGGAUACGCCAAUUGACAUCAACAGCGUGUCGUCAGCUCCGGCGUGUGUUAUAAACGACAACAUGGUGAUUGAUCAAGAUUCGUGUCAAGUGCUUGGUUUUGGUAAUAUACAUAAUUCAUUUCCCUCAGUCGGUUUAAGAGCUGGAGAUGUUGAUUUAGAUGUAUAUGGAUCUUGUUCCAUGGACACAGUUUGCGAAACAAGCGGCGGAAGUGUAGGAUGCGAGGGUGAUGAGGGUGGAUCAAUCGUGUGCCUUGAGGCAAAAACUGGAGAAUAUGUAACUGUGGGGUUGAUGUCUACAGAAGUUUGUGAAGAAACUCUUCCACAGCCAAUUUUCAGUUUAAUGCCCGGUCUGCAAUACAAUGAUAUCGCUAAGAGUUACCCUUAUUAUGACAUCACAGCAUAAAAUUAACAUAAAUGAAUACAUAUGUAACAGUAUUUAUCGCAACUUGUGAUGUUAAAAUAUAAAACUAUAAUAUGAUAU